GUCUUUCUUCUGACUUUAGCAAUCAGAUAACCCACACCUUUCUCAUGGGAAGGAAAUAUGGGAUGGAGAAAGUGGAUUGUCAGCUUGGAAAUAUACAUUCAUGUCACAAUUGGAGUAAGGAGGCAGAAAUGAAGAAAAUUGAAAUACAAACUGACCCUUCCAGUGACUUGCCCCGGAUCACCCUGUCAAAAGGAAGGAAACAGCUCUGGGCCCACCCGGAUCCAGCUGCGAAGUUCCGGCUCUCUCCACGCAGCCCUGCUGUCUGGCUGAAGGUCCGUGGACAGGAGCCACACGUAUUAUCGGGCUGCCUCACAUUGCGUGCAUUUUUCGUAUGUGUACGCACAUGUCAGCCAGCGCGUUGCUGUGCCUGCUGGGCAUCAGGCCUCCUUUGGAGACUUUUCUCUGCUGUAACGAUAGUUCUUUGCUGCUGGGGUGCCACCAGCCAUGACAGUGAAGGCUGGACCAGGGGUGUGGAUGAGCCUAUCACCAGGAAGGCCUGCUGUGCCCAGAGUCCAGAAGGACCUCUGAGAUUGGACAUGGACUCUAAUAGUCUCCCAAAGACUCCGAGUCCCCACUUACAGUGUCACCGUAGCAAGGAGAAGUCCUCAGCGCCAUUUGAGACCAUCUGGCCUCUGAGACAAGCAUUUGGGCCACUAGCCCUUUGAAGAGGUGGCAGUUUUGCAUACCUGAAUGGUCUUAGUUUUUGCACUGGGCAGGCAGAUUGACCAAACCUUCCGGAAGUGGAGGGAAUAAUAAAGAUGAAGGUCUUUGCAUCUUUAGGGCCUGUUCUUUCCAAAUCUCUUUUAAGGCUCAUGAAAGCAGAGAGCAAUGGGCAGAGAGACUGGGGGAGAAUGAGCUCUUGGCAUGGCUGUGGUGGAGGAAGCCCCAGACUAUGGCUGUGUGACCUUGGGUAUUCUCCACUUCGCCUCUGAGCCCCAGUGUUUUCUUGUAGUGUUUGGCAGUGGUACUGCUCUUUCUUCCUUUCUCCUGUCCCCAGAUGGUGGCUGUGACGAUUAAAUGGGACUAUGUUUAUGACAUUUGAGCAGGGUCCCAACACAGAGAAGGGACUGGGCAAAAGUCAGGAAGCUCGGGUUGUACUUUAGAUUCUUCCCAGAACUCUGAAUCUCCUUUCUCUGGGUCUCCCCUUCUGUAAAAUGAGGGGAUUCAAGUAGGUAAUUUUUUCCUUUAGGGUCUCUUUUGACUCAACAUGCUGUAAUCCUAUCUCUAAGUGGAGCACUAGAAGAAAAUUUUAAGAGAUGAAUGGAUUUUUUGGUAUUUAGCUACUUAGCUGUUCAACAAAUACUUACUAAGGGCUUACUAUGUGUCAGGUGAUGGAGGUAGCACUUGCCUCAUGGACCUUCUAGUCUAGAACAGAUUUUCAGGGCAGCCCCUCCUCUCAGAGAGUUGAAAAAGUGCCAGGGCUCCACGGGGAGCGCUGUUCACUAAAAGAGACACAUUAAUGCAGACACUUUAAGGAAGCUCUUGGAGUGACCCUAGAGUUGGGGAACAGUUCCUAGGAGUCAGGAAAGUUUGUGGGAGCUCUGGCCAAGGGUGUGUAUAAUUGCAAAAGAGUUUGUUAAUUGAGACAUCUGAGAAUGUGAGGAUCUGCCCCUACCUGCCUGGUUCUCAAGGGGGUCAUUUACUGGAACAAGGAACAAUGACCGCUUCCCAUGCCUUGUCUUUUCCCUAGAGGUAGAGCCAGGGAAGAUGCUGGAACCCAAAGGGAGAAGAGAAGGGUGACCAGAGAAAAAUGCCAGCCUUAAUAUGACACUUGGGCCAAGCCCAGAGGACCAUGAAAAGUUACAGAGUCUCAUCUGUAUCCCAUCAAGAGAGAAAAGGGCCCAGUUGGAGCACAAGGGCCACUUGAGAGUUGGUCUCAGGGUCAUGGUCAGGAAGCUGCCUGGGGAGGUGAAAAGAACUUGGACUUUAGAGUUGGAGACUGACUUGGAUUUGAAGGCAUGGAACCUUGGGCAAAGGACUGAACCUCUCUGAAACAGCUUUUUAAUCUGUUAAAUACUUCACAGUGUUGACUUCUGGAAGAUGUUAUGAGGUAUAAUAUGUCUUAGGCACCUGGGACUACCUAUCGAUUUGAUGAUUAGUGUUUAUAAUUAUCACAUCACAUAUUAACAGGACCUGGGUCCUGUUUCUGUGCAAUAUUGAAAACCAGUGGUAGAAGCAACUUUGAUGAGAAAUCUUAGAAGCAGUUUGUAUUAUCUUCUUCUUCUUUUUUUUUUUUUUUUAAGACUUAUCUAUUUAUUUGGGGAGAGCUCACC